UUCAUUUCCAAGAGAAACGGGUCAAUUUCGAAGAAUAGAUUCACUUCGGUGGGAGGCUUUUCCGCUUCUUCCUAGCCCGCUACAAAUCGAUAAUCGCAAUGUUCAAAGAAGAUAUCUUUACGUAGUAGAAUCUUCGCCAGCAAUCUGGGCAAAUCUUCUCUCAUCCAUUGUCAUCUCCUUCAAUUUCUAGGGUUGAGCUUAAUCAAGAACUUAUCAGAUUGAUUCCAGUUGUGUAUGAAUUUUGGUCAACUGUUAUAUAAGUUAUCUUUGCAUCAGAGGCUGUUACACUUCCUGGUAGGCAGAGAUGAGUGUUGUAGGAUUUGAUAUUGGAAACGAGAAUUGUGUUAUUGGGGCUGUGAAGGAAAGGGGAAUUGAUGUUUUGUUGAAUAAUGAGGCUAAUCGUGAAACACCAUCUAUUGUUUCAUUUGGUGAGAAACAAAGAUUCUUGGGUUCUGCAGGGUCUGCUAAUGCAACCACGAACCUAAAAUCCACAGUUUCUCAGAUUAAACGGUUAGUUGGUAGGAAAUAUGCAGAUCCAUCAGUCCAGAAUGAUCUAAAAAUAUUUCCUUUCCAGACUUCUGAAGGCUCGGAUGGUGGCAUUUUGAUUAAUUUGCAGUUUUUAAACAAUUCACAAACGUUUACACCUGUCCAGAUCUUGGCAAUGUUGUUGGCUCAUUUGAAGCAGAUUGCUGAAAAGAAUCUUGAAAUGCCCGUAUCGGAUUGUGUUAUUGGAAUCCCAUCUUACUUCUCAGAUUUGCAGAGGCAAUCUUAUUUGCAUGCAGCUGAGAUUGCUGGGCUGAACCCAAUAAGGUUGAUGCAUGACUGCACCGCUGCUGCACUAGGCUAUGGGAUUUACAAGGCUGAUUCCGCCAACAUGGUAUCAAAUGUUGUGUUUGUCGAUAUCGGGCAUUGUGAUACACAGGUUGCUGUCGCAUCAUUUAAACCGGGGCACAUGAAGAUACUAUCUCAUGCUUUUGAUGCUAACCUGGGUGGCAGGGACUUUGACGAGGUCUUAUUCGUAUACUUUGCAGCACAGUUUAAGGAACAGUACAACAUUGAUGUUUAUUCCAACACCAGGGCUUCUAUGCGAUUGAGAGCAUCUUGUGAAAAAUUGAAGAAGAUCUUAAGUGCAAAUCCUGAGGCCCCACUUAAUAUUGAGUGCUUGAUGGAAGAAAAGGAUGUGAAAGGUUUCAUUAGGAGGGAGGAUUUUGAAAAACUUUCAUCUGGCUUACUAGAGAGGAUUCGAAUUCCUUGUAUGAAGGCUCUGGCUGAUUCUGAUUUGCGUGCUGAGAAUAUUAGUUCUAUUGAACUUGUUGGUUCAGGGUCUAGAAUACCUGCUAUUUCUCGUUCAUUAACAGCUAUUUUUGGGAAAGAACCUAGUCGUAAACUAAACACUAGCGAAUGCAUAGCACGUGGUUGUGCUCUUCAAUGUGCUAUGCUUAGCCCAACAUUUCGUGUAAGGGAUUAUGAGGUCCAGGAUUCUUUUCCUUUUUCUAUAGGAUUCAUGACAGAUGAAGGUCCAAUCAAAAGAAAUGGAAGUGGCGUGUUGUUUCCUAGAGGUCUUCCUUUCCCAAGUGUUAAGAUGCUCAAGUUACAGAGAAGCAGCACAUUUCAUAUGGAAGCCUUUUAUGCUGACCAGACUGAAUUGUCAGCUGGCAUAUCUCCUAAAAUCAGCCAUUUUACGAUUGGUCCUUUCCAAGUACAUCAAAAUGAGGUGGCAAAAAUCAAGGUCAAAGUGAAUUUAAACCUGAAUGGAAUUGUUGCUGUAGAAUCUGCAUCACUAUUGGAAGACCGGAUAGAUGAUGGUCUUUCUAGGAGUAGUACCAAUCAUUCCUCGGACAAGAUGGACAUUGAUUUUUCAAAUGGUGAUGAUAACUGUUCUGCACAAUCUAACCAUUGGAACACAUCUGCUGCUGAUGAAAAGGCGAGGGACUUAUCUUCCCACCACAGGCAGUUUUUACCUGUAUCUGAGAUAAUAUAUGGUGGAAUGUCAAAAGAUGAAAUCAGACAAGCUCAUGAAAUUGAAACUCUGAUGGUGCAACAAGACAUAAUGACUGAGCAAACUAAAGAACGGAAGAAUGCCCUGGAAUCUUAUGUCUAUGAGACACGCAAUAAGCUUUUGAAUACAUUCCGCAGCUUCACCUCUGAUUCGGAGAAGGAAGAAAUAUCUAGUCAUCUGCAGCAAACAGAAGACUGGAUUUACGACGAUGGCGACGAUGAAACUGAGCGAGUUUAUGCCAAUAAACUCGAGGAUCUGAGAAAGUUGGUGGAUCCUAUAGAGAACCGAUAUAAAGACGAAGAGGCUCGAGCACAAGCUACUCGAGAUCUGUUGAAACAUAUUGUGGAGUAUCGGAUGGCUGUUGGAUCACUUUCUUCUUCUGAGAAGGAUGCGGUUCUGAGUGAGUGUAAUAAAGCUGAACAAUGGUUGCGAGACAAAAGCCAACAACAGGAAUCCUUGCCAAAGAAUACUGAUCCAGUAUUAUGGUCAAGUGAGAUUAGGAAAAAAGUGGACACCCUUGAUGCGAUGUGUAAGCAUAUAAUGCGAUCCAAGGUUUCUCCUUCGAGAGCUGCAGAGUCAGAUGACAGGAAUGAACAUGACGACGACAUGAGAUUUGACUAAUUUACACGCGUCUGAGAAUUUUGACCCUCAAAGAAGAAGAAACUAGGCAGACAGGCUGUUUAUUAAGAGGAUUCUUCUGUAAGGUGUCCUCCAAUCUAUAGCCUAUUCUGUCCUUAAAUAUAUAUAUAAAUUACACAAUGAAUUAACUCUUUUGAUUGAGGCAACAUCCUAUUGUGUGAGUUAGUGUUAGUCAAAGGACCAAUUUUUGCAUGUACUCUACAUAUUUGGUUUUUUUGAAAGCCCCAAUUUUAGACAACAAACAAGAAUUACAU